GAACCGUAAGUCAAAAAGCUUACGAAAACCCAAAAUAACGAUAACUCAAAUGCUGAAAACGACCUUUCGCUACUCUUCAGCACUACUGUUCCUCAGCAGUAGUGUUGAGUUUCGUGAAUUUCGUUGAGAUUGACUCAUAUGAAUCUUCAGCGAUGAAAGAUUCGAAUCUUGAAUCGAAUCUCCAAGGAUACAUGAGUCUCUAAUCCUUGGGGAUUCAUGAAUCUCGAAAGAUCCAGGGAUUUAUGAAUCUUUACACAUAUAUGGUUUUGAAAAUAUUUGGGCGAUUCCAUGGUACAGUGGUAAACUCGCACAACUUAACAACAUGCCCAUCGUGGGUGAAACCCUCGCAUGGACCGUCUUCCCGUAGCAAAACAAACUAUGCCGAAAAAAGCCUGCAUAGGCUGCCAUUACCACGUAGAUUGUGACGCCAAGAAGAAGAAUAAUAAGAAGCUCAAGCUCUAUUAAUCCCUUUACAUUCAUAAAACCCUACAGAUUCAUGAAUCUUUCGAGAUUCAUUGAUCUUUGAAAUACAUGAAUCUUUGCAAACAAGAUUUAGAUUCAUUGAAUCAUUUCAAAUAUUCAUUCAGAUGUAUGAAUCUGAAUCAGAUUUACCCAACACUACUUAGCAGACCUUACCUUUCGUUUAAACAAGUUUAUGUUGACGUUGGUUUAGUUAAUCUGUUUGAACUUUAACAAAAUUCAAAAAUGUUUUUAAAUAUUCGUUUGGCGAAUCGUAGGAAAACCAAAUUUACCAAAAAUAUUAAAUGCCCAAAACGACCUUUCACUAAGCGAUUGUUCAAGAAUCUGCAAUCCACAAGUUGCUGAUUACUUUGACAAGCAUUGAAAUCAGCAGUCGAUGUGACAUGGCCCGAUCGACAAUCAUUCUCCAGGAUGCUCGGUCCCAGGCUGCAGCUUCCUAUCCUUGUAGCCACUCGAUUUCCGACAGGUCUCGCUUCACCUGAUCCAGCCAUCAAGUUCACUGUGCUAUCCUGCGCCUUAUGCCGAACUGAGAAUCGCUGUCGAACUACUUCUUGAAGGGGCUGGCAUCCUCAUAACAUGCCCCAGCCAUCGUAUCCUUCGCCAGCCUUCGCCACCGUCAGGAUGCUCGGUUUGCCAUACAGCUCAGCAAGCUCGUGGUUCAUCCUUUUCCUCCACGCUCCAUACUCCAACACACCCCCAAAGAUGGUCCGGAGAAUGCGUCGCUCAAACACUCCCAGAGCUUUUUCUUCCUCCACUCGAAUGGUCCAAGACUCAUGUAGGACCAUAGAGGACUACCUGGCGAAUCAAUGUACCAUAUAUCUCACAUUUCGUGCGGUCUCGAAGUCCUCUGGAUCUCAGCAGUCAGUGAAGCCCGUAUUUCCGGAUUUCACUGUUUUAUGUCGUUGUCGGAAGUAACGGCCGUCCCGAGAUAGCAGAACUCCUUUACUACCUCGAGCUUGUCGCGGUUAACUAAUACACUGCUUCCCAGAUGGUCUGAGUCUCCGGCAAACAGGUACUUCGUCUUCGUCACAUUGAUUCUCAAACCAUUUCUUGCUACUUCGCGUAGAGGAUCGUGCCACGGAUGUCGUUGUCUAAUCCCGCGCGUCGAAUAACACCUACCAGGGUGAUGUUGAAGAGCAGACAGGAGAGUCCGUCACCUUUUUUUUAUGACGAACUUGCCGAACUUUAUGAAAUCAACUUGCCGAAACCACCCGGCUUUAGCACACUUUACUGAUAUCUCAGUAUAAAGUUCACUAUUGCCAACAAUGAGCUUAACCAAUUACCGAAAAUUAAGUUGAUUUUACUUUUAAACGGCUUUCGGCAUCAUUAUGUAUACCACGGUUGUGCGUUAUCGUAACGUAACCGCGAUUAAUAGGUUUAAAAACGUAAGCAGUCAUUCUUAUUUUUAGUCAUGACUUUUGAUUUUACAAAAUUCCAACAUCAUAACCAAGCCCUCAGUUGUGCGGAUCUCGGUUGUUUUAAUUUGGCCAAAACUUGACCACAUCAAUAAAUAAAUAAAUAAAUAAUACGUAGAGCGCUAAUUGGUCGAGGAUAUUGAAGGCAAAGUAAUUAAAGUUAUUUGUUAUUUUUUAUGUUAAGGGAAUAUAAGUUAUAAAUGAAAAAUAACAAUUAGUAGUUGGAAUUAUUGCAAAAUAGUACAAUUUGGACCAGGCCAUUUCACGAAAGCGUGCUCUUUAGAAUGUUUUACUGUACCGUUAGACAUUACGACACUCGAUGAGUAACAAACAUUCGCGUUGCAGUUUGAAGCUAGUGCGUUAAUGCUAUUUUUCAUUCUUGAAAAAAGCGACUGAAGCAUGCAAUGCAGGGCCCUCUUAUUACAGCCCAACGUAAGUAAAUGUGCCCAGACGAGCUGUACUUGGAGCAAUUAUUUACACUUUUGCCAUGCUCAAUUUAGAGCAAACGAAACCGUGUUGUUAAUCUAAAGCGGAGGCCCAGAAAGAAGCCCAGAAAGAAGUGUCCAGAAUCAUCCAGCCGCAAACGGCUGAAACGACGUGCUGUGGUUCCAAACGAAUGCAUCGAUGCACAUGUGCAUCCGUACAAAACGCGAGAAAAGCGACUCGUGGGCGACAUAAUUCAAGUCGUAGAACCUAAGAGACUUCCUGUGUGACGACCGCAUGGCAGUCGAGCUCCAGUUGUGAGUCAGCGCCAGUGGAUUAAAGAUGUUCUUCGGCGGUGCGUUGACAGCGAUAGCGGUGGUAGGGUUUGGUGCUUUGUUGGCCACUGGCGAUGACAUCGGCUCCGACACGGAUUUCAUGAUAUCGGCCGACGGUAUCCUGAACGAGCAGCUGAUGCCCAUCACCUACCUAAUGCUGGACGGUGGUGGGUGUGAUUCGAGGUCGCGGGAAAGCUGUGCGCUGGGUAGGGAGGCCGAAGGUCGCACCGAACCGUCGGACGAACUGCCGCUGAAGGAGCUCGGUAGUGAUGCCAGCUACAGCAGUGCACUUUCCACGCUCGAAUUCCAUCGCACCAUGAUCAAUCUGUACCGCUGCAAGGGUUUCCUGGCCAAGCGCAUCAUCAACGUGGUCCCGGCGCAAUCGCAACUGUUCAAGCGCAUGAGCGCGGCCCAGAUGCCCAACAGCUCCGCGCUGGUAAUGAGCCAAGACCCGACCGACGGUAUGCUGUACGAUCCCGGCUCGUCCGGCUACAAAGAGUGGCUUACCAAAACAUCCACGCUGGACGACAUCUACGAAAACUUCCUCUCGAUGCGGAAGGCUAACGAUACGGUUAGCCGCAACCUGCACCAGGCGGCCUCCACCACCAUCAACCGGGUGUCGGAGUCCGCGAGCCAGCCAGCCUCGAACUCGCGCCUCAGCCAGGAGGAGUACUUUGACGAGGGCAUCAUUACCGGGUACGCCAUGCAGCCGGAUCAGGUUGGCGGAGUAGCGCCCGGCGGCUUAGGAAACUACGAACGUUACGGUCAGCAGCAGCAGCAGCAGCAGCACAAUCACCACCAGCACCAGUACGGUUCGCAGGAUCUACAGCUCCGACACUCCAAGUACCAGCGGGGACUGCUGCAGGGCGAGGCGGACGGCGGGGGCGGGUACGAAGCGUCCCGGGGGGAUUACGGCUACCAUCACCAUCACCACGCGCCGAUCGUCGAGUACGAGGAGAAAACGCUCGACAAGAGCAGCAGCCUGCUCGGGCUGAAGGACCUGUUCGACAUUGCGCUGACCACGCUCGCCUACCUGUCGUUCGGCAUGUUCAUACUGCAGGUCAUCAUGUGCAUCACGAUGACGAAGAGCGACUCCAGCAUGAUGAUACUGCCGACCACGCCCGAGGUCGAGGUGGAGGAGGACGAGGGCCGUCGCUUUGCGCGCUCGCUCACCGUGGACGGGUCGGUGCGGACCCGCGAGCUGAACCAGCUGGCCCGGUAUGUGCUGGAUUCGAUCGAUGCGAUUGGGAGCGGCGGGCCGGAGCCGGACCGCUGUCUGCAGGCGUGCCUGUGCAGGGCGAACCGGUUUUCCCGCACCCUCACCAGCAUCCCGGGGUAUUGGGUGAGCGUUUGGAGCUUUGGCGUAUCCUGGCUGGCUCGGUACAAGCAUCCUUCACGCAACAACCCAUCGUUCGCGCUGAAGUGCAUGAGUGCGGCGUUGAUAGGGCUUGGCAAUGGGAAGUGUGCGGAACUGUACCCAUGUGGUGGUGGGAAAAAAUCCAAACCAUCCUAGGGAGGAAGCGUGGCUCAGUCAAGAUUGUACCAGAAAAGCAAUCUAUAGUUUUUUUUUUUUUGUAUUGCAUAAAUAAUUUAUAUUAUACCACCGGCACGUAAAAAUAAUAUUAAGUGUGGCAGAUACGGUUGUAAAACAGUGACAAAGUCCGAAUAAAAAAAAGCAAAACUGUUUAUUAUUUCA